CUAACACGUACAUACAUAUGAUAUAAAAUUAUAGAAAAUUAAUCAAAAUAUCUAGCUCUUGGAAUGAUGAUGGCGAAAACAGUCGUAAUUCAGUUUCCACUACUGUUCAUUUUACUUUUGAUUCAAAAUGUAUUGGCGCUUCAUUCUGGUGUACAUGGUGUAUGUGGAAAUCUGGAAGCAAAGAUAGAUCAGAAUACUAAAAUCUUACAUGAAAUUCUUAGGAAGAUGAAAACAGAAAGCAGGACUAUAUUAAGGGAAGUUGCUUACGGAAAACCAUCUGAACAAAGUUCAGUCCAUUCCGGGCUGUCUGCAUCUAAAGCUGUUGAUGGAAGUGUGAACACAUAUAUGCACACAAACAUAGAGCAAUCCCCUUAUUGGAUGGUUGACUUGGGCAAAAAUUAUCAAAUAAAGUGGAUUGAAAUCUUCAACAGAAAUGAAGGAUCCAAAUCAACAGGAGAACGUCUUCGUAACUUGGACAUUAUUGUUGGCCGAUCACACAAUGAAAUGCAUCUAUGUGCCCAUUACGUUGGACCGGCACUACUCGGAGCUCAUCUUCGAUUUGAAUGUGGACAUGACGAAAAUGCACGUUAUGUAAAACUGAUGUUGAAAAGAAGAGAUUACUUGCAUGUCGCAGAGGUCAAAGUUUAUGCAGUGGAUGACAGAUCUAGCUAAAUAAGAUCUAGAAAUACAAAGAACAGAGUAGCUGCAUAUUCAUGAUCUUGGAAAAAUCACGUUGUCCAUUAGAAUAAUAAAAUUAUUUCAGCUUUG